AUGACUUCUCAUAAAAGUGGUGGUCAAAAUGGGAGGAAAAAAGUACAGGUUUCUUUUGUAAUAAGAGAUGAAGUGGAAAGGAGGCAUAGAGCUGGAGUUAGUUCUUUACAAUAUGAUUCUAAUUUUCAUAGACUUUAUUCUGCAGGGCAUGAUAGUAUUAUUAGAAUAUGGAAUUGUAAAAACUUAAAGGAGCCAUAUAUUCAAUCGAUGGAACAUCACACAGACUGGGUUAAUGACAUUGUUUUAUGUUGUAAUGGGAAAAAUUUAAUAUCUGCAAGCUCAGAUACGACUGUUAAAGUUUGGAAUGCACCUAAAGGUUUUUGUAUGUCCACUUUAAGAACUCAUAAAGACUAUGUAAAAGCCUUAGCUUAUGCUAAAGAUAAAGAACAAGUUGCAUCUGCUGGCUUGGAUAGAGCUAUAUUUUUAUGGGAUGUUAACACUCUUACAGCACUGACGGCUAGCAAUAAUACAGUUACUACAUCUUCACUUCCUGGAAUUAAAGACUCAAUAUACAGUUUGGCUAUGAAUCCCUCCGGUUCUAUUAUUUUAAGCGGAAGUACGGAAAAAGUUAUUAGGGUUUGGGAUCCGAGAAGUUGUACAAAACAAAUGAAACUUAAAGGCCAUGUUGAUAAUGUGAAAGCAUUAGUUGUCAAUAGAGAUGGAACACAAUGUUUAUCAGGAAGUUCAGAUGGUACCAUUAAGUUAUGGAAUUUAGGUCAGCAGAGGUGUAUUCAAACAUUUCAGUUUCACGAUAAAGGAGUGUGGGCUUUGCUUGCAACUGAAAAUUUCACUCAUGUCAUUUCUGGCGGAAGAGAUAAAAAAAUUUAUAUGACUGACAUUCGGUUACCGGAAAGAAGGGUUUUAAUUUGUGAAGAAACUGAUCCUGUUUUAAAAAUGGUUAUGACGCCUGAUCAAGAAACAUUAUGGGUUGCUACUUCAAGUUCUUCGAUUAAAAAUUGGGCUAUUCCAAAAAGGGAUUUUCAGCUAAAUGAUUCUGACAACGAAAAUUUAAGACCAUUCAACGAAAGACCCGAACACAUAAUUAAAGGUGGUUCUGCAGUUAGAAGGUUUGAAGUAUUGAAUGACAAAAGACACAUUCUUACUAAAGACUCUGAAGGAAAUGUUACUGUGUAUGAUGUUCUUAAGGCUAGGAAAUUAGAAGAGUUGGGAAAAAUUGAUUUCGAUGAGGAAUUGAAAAAAAGGACUAAAAUAGUUUAUGUUCCAAAUUGGUUUAACGUAGACUUAAAGACUGGAAUGUUGACUAUUCAUUUGGGACAAGACGAGAGUGAUUGUUUUUCUGCAUGGGUUUCUGCAAAAGAAGCUGGUCUUGCUCCGGAUGAUUCGGUUGAUCAAAAAGUCAACUAUGGAAAUUUGCUUCUUCAAGCGCUUUUAGAAAAAUGGUGGCGAACGUUGAGGCCUGAAGAUGGCGAUAACGACGAACCAAGCAAUUCCGGGCAAGUCAUUAGUGGUAACGAAUAUUUUUCAGUUCCCGGUCACACACCUGUAAUAUUCGGGGAAGUUAAUGGACGUACGCUUUGUCGAUUAUUAGUGAAAGACGCCGGAGGGGAUACGGAGGGCGGACUCCUUAACGAAACGGUACCACCUUGGGUUGUGGACAUAGUAGUAGAAAAAAAUCUUCCUAAAUUUAUUAAAAUUCCAUUUUAUUUAUUACCACAUUCUUCGUAUGUCAUUAAUAAGGGAAUGAAAAAGGAUAGACUUGUUGCCAACGAUUUUAUUCAAGUAAGAAAAGUGGCGGAACACGUGUAUGAAAAAGUUUUAAACGCCGGCGGUGAUUCGGUACCUGUUACAGGAGGAGGAGGAGGAGGUGGUGGUGGUGGUGGAUGGGGGGAAUUCCCCGGGAUCGGAAAGAACGGAUGCGGAAAGACAGGAAACAAGUUCAUUAGCAGAAGAUAA